AGUUUGACAGAUAAAUUUAUUUUUUGACAUCUCACUCGUGUUGAAAUCGUAUUUGAUGCCAAUCACGGUCGAUUACGUUUUUCAGUGUUUGUUUGUUCAAAUCUCGAUUUCAAUGCCGUUACCCGCAUGAAUCAUGCGUCGUCGAAUUGUUUCAAAACGAUUAGAAUCUUAACAACGCUUCAAUAAGCGGUAAGAUAGUGUUUAUUAAAACGAAAUAACGAAUCGAAAAGAUGUUACGAAGACGCCGAAAAGUGAAAUUGCUACUGUGAAGACGGAGAGAUGGCCCCUGUUUUUGCUCUAUAUAUUAUAUUAACGGUGCUUUUCCCGCUGUUUCGUUGCGAGGAUUUUUACACAACUUCCGAAAAUCAUGUGGAAUCUCCGCUGUGCUGUAACCUGACCGUUACUGAACGAAUUGAUGUGGAUUAUUCUUCGAAAGUGAUUGAAAAUGAGUAUAUCGUUACUUUUGAUGGAUAUUAUAAAAGUAAUGCGAGAGCAUCAUAUAUAACUGCAGCUUUAAAUAAUUCCGGGAUAAAAAGUUGGAAGAUUUUAUCGAGAGAAAAUCCGGCUAGUGAUUAUCCAAGUGAUUUUGAUGUAGUAUUAAUUGAAGAAACUGAUAAAUCACUUGGUUUAGAUGCUUUAACUGACCAUCCGUCAAUUAAAAGAGUUACAUCGCAACGAAUGGUGCUUAGAACCUUAAAAUUUAUAAACACACACGAAUAUGUAAGAAGAGGUAGAAAUAGUUUAUCACAAAAUGGUCAAUUUUGGCAAGCAACAGGUCGGCACACAAGUCGAAGAUUACUUAGAGCAAUUCCUAGACAAAUAACUUCCGUUUUACAAGCAGAUGCAUUAUGGAACAUGGGAAUUACCGGAAAAGGUAUUAAAGUAGCCGUUUUUGAUACAGGCCUCUCAAAAACGCACCCACAUUUUCGAAAAAUUAAAGAACGUACGAAUUGGACUAACGAAAAAACUUUAGAUGAUGGUUUAGGACACGGUACAUUUGUCGCAGGGCUUAUAGCAUCCAGUAAAGAAUGUUUAGGUUUCGCCCCCGACUCAGAACUCCAUAUUUUCCGCGUUUUCACAAAUAAUCAAGUAUCAUAUACUUCGUGGUUCUUAGACGCGUUUAAUUACGCCAUUUUAAAGAAGAUCAAUGUACUUAAUUUAAGCAUAGGAGGGCCGGAUUUUAAAGAUCAUCCUUUUGUUGAUAAAGUUUGGGAAUUAACGGCUAAUCGGGUUAUUAUGGUCUCUGCAAUUGGAAAUGAUGGGCCACUUUAUGGAACUUUGAAUAAUCCAGCUGAUCAAAUGGAUGUUAUUGGAGUUGGUGGAAUUGAUUUUGAGGAUCAUAUCGCUAAGUUUUCUUCUAGGGGGAUGACUACAUGGGAAUUACCACAAGGUUAUGGACGUGUUAAACCUGAUAUAGUAACAUAUGGAGCUGGUGUACGUGGUCCAAACAUAAAAGGAGGUUGUCGCUCACUUUCUGGUACGAGUGUGGCUUCUCCAGUUGUAGCAGGAGCGGUUACUUUAUUAGCCAGUGGAGUUUUGCAUCGUGGAGAUGAUAUUAACCCCGCAAGCGUAAAGCAGGCGCUAAUUGCUUCUGCUAGGCGAAUUCCGGGGGUGAAUAUGUUUGAGCAGGGUCAUGGAAAAUUAAAUUUAGUGAAAGCUUAUCAAAUUUUAAACAGUUAUAAACCACAGGCUAGUUUAAUUCCAAGUUAUAUAGAUCUUAGUGAAUGUCCAUACAUGUGGCCGUAUUGUACUCAACCUAUGUACGCAGGAGCAAUGCCCGUGGUUGUAAAUGUAACCAUUUUAAAUGGUUUAGGUGUUUCUGGGCAUAUAAUCGGCAAACCACAAUGGUUUCCGUAUACCCCACAAAACGGUCAGUAUUUGGAUGUGGCCUUUUCAUAUUCAGAGCUUUUAUGGCCCUGGUCAGGUUGGCUUGCGGUAAGCUUAUCAGUAAAUCCUAAAGGGAUUGGGUAUGAAGGGGUUGCUCAAGGGCAUAUUAGCUUAACUGUGCAAUCGCCUCCCGCUCAAGGGGAAUCAGAACCUAGACAAAGUACUGUUAUUUUACCAAUUAGAGCAAAAAUUAUUCCUACACCCCCACGUCAUAAAAGAUUAUUAUGGGAUCAAUAUCAUAAUCUUAGAUACCCCCCCGGUUAUUUUCCAAGAGAUAAUUUAAAGAUUAAAAACGAUCCUUUAGAUUGGAAUGGUGAUCACAUUCACACUAAUUUUAAAGAUAUGUAUCAACACCUUAGAAAUUCCGGUUAUUACAUAGAAGUUCUUGGUUCUCCUUUUAAUUGUUUUGAUGCUUCCCAAUACGGAACUUUAUUAAUAGUAGAUCCAGAAGAAGAAUAUUUCCCGGAAGAAAUCUCAAAAAUAAAACGAGACGUCGAUGCGGGUUUAUCAAUAAUAAUUUUUGCCGAUUGGUACAACGUAACGGUGAUGAAACGGGUUAAGUUUUACGAUGAAAACACGAGACAAUGGUGGAUGCCGGAUACCGGAGGAGCCAAUGUUCCAGCUUUAAACGAUUUAUUGGCACUUUGGGGUGUCGAAUUGGGAAAUAAAGUGUUUGAUGGUCCGUUUAAAUUCGGCGAUCACGAAAUGUAUUACGCCUCAGGAACAAGUAUUGCUAAAUUUCCCGAUGACGGUGUAUUAAUCUCCCAAAAAUUAAAAGAUCAGGGACAACAAAUUUUAGAUCCAGAUGGUGAUCACGAAGAAACUUACAACGCCCCAAUUUUGGGUUUAAUGCAAAGUAAAGCGUCCGAUAAAAGUGGGCGUUUGGUCGUGUAUGGUGAUUCAAAUUGUAUCGACGCGAGUCACAUGGAUAAAGCGUGUUAUUGGAUGUUGGACGCGAUUUUAGAAUAUACUUCAUCGGCUCAUAUGCCACUUAUAUUUAAGAAUAAUCGGAUGAUCGAUACGGCCGCUAAAGUUGAGACGGAUGUACCGGAACGGAUGGAAGGAAAUAAGUUGUAUAGAUACUCUAAAGUUCUUGAUAAUCACUUGGGCGAUUCCCAAGCGAAAGCUUUACCACAAUGUCCUCAAUUGGUUUGGGCACAACCUGUUCCGCUUAAUAUUUCAGCACCGACAAAUUUUUAUCAAUCGCAACGAUUGCUUUCAUUAACUGAAGAAACACCAAUUCCUAUUGCACCUGUUAGUCAUCAAUUUAGAGAUGCAUCGGGUCAAGAUGAAUCCGUUGAAGUGUUCAAAUGGCGUAGAAAACAACCGGAAAUUCUUUUAGAGAAGACUAUUGUUAAACAAUACAACCUCACGCCAAUUAUUUUAAUAAGCAUAACUGGAGUGUUAUUUUUGCUGCUAGUGCGGAUGUGUUAUAAACGUCCAAAAAAUAAGAAGCGAAAAUCGCGAAUUAGGGCAAUUUGUGGAAGUUUAAUUCCGUGGUAAAACUGUAUUGACAUUUUUUUAUGUUAUUAUCUUCUCUCACGGACGAUGUAAAUAUAGAACGUAGAAAUUGUUAUUUAAGGUCAAAAUAGUUUUAUAUAUUUAUUUUAAUACAUAAUGUGCAAUUAAAAAGAAUGGUCAUUUUACGUGAAAGGGAAUGUCGAAUUGUUGUGUUGGGCAACGAUAUCCUAUUUGUACCUGUCGAUAUACAUAUUAUAUAGAACUUUUUGAAUUAAACGAGUAUUAAAUUAA